AAAAUGAACAGGUCUGAAUUGUUGUUAAACAUAUGGGCACUCAAGAAUUUGCGUCAAAUAACCCUUUUCGACUGAUUUCUACGUCGUCAUCAAUUACAGGUUCAUCUGAAGAAAGAUCUAACCCAUUUUUGGAUCGUACAGAAUACAAAAAUGUAUCUCAUAUGGCUACGACUGCUAUUUCAAAACCGAAAUCACAACAUACAAUGUCACGAACGGCUUUUCAAUGGGAACGUAAACCGCUUCAUCAUUCGAAGCAGGAUGCUAAAACAAUAAUUCCUCGUAAUGAGCGUAUUCAAAGUAAUUCUGAAAGUGAUGUUUUUGAUUCUCAUAAAAGUACUCAUCGAAGUCAUAAAUAUUUUCCAUUUAGUAAAGAUAAAGAACAAGAAAAGACUAUUUUGAAAGAAAAUUCUAAAGAAAAGACAAAUGAUCGUCCUCAUAAAGAAAGACGAUCACGUAUACAUGUGGAUCGUAUUGACUUGCUUGAUGUAACUGCAGUAUAUGGGUCAGGAGCAUUUCAUCAUGAUGGACCAUUUGAUGCUUGUAAUCCUUAUCGUAAUAAAAGUUCGAAAAAAGAUCCUGUGCUUGCUUUUCAUGAAGACAGCAUGUCUUUGUCUUUUUCAAAAGUGGAUACUGAGAAUUCAAAAUUUUCAAUUGACAAAUAUUUUGGAAAUCGAGACGUUGAAGCGUAUAAUGAGUUUUCUCCCAGUUCCUUUUACUCUAGAAAGAAUCGUUCUUCAGAUUUAUAUCACGGUUCUGCUACAUCUGGUCUUGGUACUUCCACUUUUUUAGAGGGUACGCAUGCUAGUCAGGCUUCUAUGCGACGUGUUGCAUUAUUAUCAGAUGAAGAAAAGAAUGAGAAAGAUAGUAAGUCAUUUGGUUUUCAAGGACAUCAUAGUACUCAUGAUAAUGAUUUGAACCGUAAACGUUAUUUUGCUCACCGUAUUCGUGGCUCAAAAAAAGAUUUACAUCCUAAUUUUUUAUCUACUAAUUUUAUGGAUGUUUCGUCAUUAUCUGAAACUUCUGGUCAAAUUGAUGCAGAAAAAGUUGCAUUUAGUACUAAAAAAAAAAAUAUUUCAAUACCAGAAAGUAGCUUUCAAACAAUGUCUUCUGAAAAUCCUGAAUCAUCAUGUGCUAGUAAAGGAUUGCUUAAUCGCGUUCGUAGUUUAAAAGUAGGAGGUAGUAGAGAUAAUCUCAGCGAGAACUAGUGAUUUGGUUAUUUUAAAAAAAUAUAUGUAAUAUUGUGUUUAAGAC